CUGAGUGGGAUAAUUAUUUAGUGAGAUUCAUUGGUUCAUAAAUUUUAAGAGAAAUGGGCAACAAUAUUACAGGAGCAGGAGGAAGAAAGAAGGCAAAGGUAAUGAAGAUUUCCGGUGAAACCUUCAAACUGAAAACACCUGUAUUAGCUUUCGAUGUGGUUAAGGACUACCCGGGUCAUGUUUUGUUGGAAUCAGAAGCAGUAAAGCGACAUGGGAUCAGAGCAAAGCCAUUGGAGCCUCAAGAAGAGUUGAAGCCCAAGAAGAUAUAUUUUCUUGUGGAAUUGCCAAAGCUGCCCGAAGAAAGAGCGCCAAGGAGAGCAAGGUCUGCUGUUCACAUGAGCGCUAAGGACCGGCUCGAGUGCCUGAUGUUGUCAAGAAGAUCAGGCUCUGAUGUUUCGGUUCAGAGACAAAAUCCAGCAGGGCCUGUUCAGGUUAAGAUGAGGUUGCCCAGAACCCAAGUAGAGAAGUUGGUAGGAGAAAGCAGAGAUGAAACAGAGCUUGCUGAAAGAAUUGUGGAUCUUUGCAUGAAGAAUUAAUUCUUCUGAUCAGGAAAUAAGUAGUCCUAAUUCCAUUACCCCGUUUAAUGGAAGAAACCCCAAAGUUUGGUUGCCUUGGUGUACAGAGAGAUUCACGAGACAUGAAGGAUUAAGUUGUUCAUUUGUUUUUGGGUAAGUUUUAAGCAAAUCCUUUAAAUUUGUGUUUACUUCUUGAUUGGUUUUGCUCAGACAUAUGUUAGCUUGUUUGAUAGUAGUUUUGAUAAAAACCUUCGAGCCUUCCUAUUGCAAAAGGACUGUAGUCUUCGAAGAUUUACCACCUAUUGUCUUGACAAAUUACGGCUUGGCAGAUUUCAUAUUA